AUGAUUAACGUUGAUAUAAGGAUCAAGGUGAAGAAGCUUAUAGUGUAUUAAGUUUAUACAUAUCUUAGUAAAGUUUAACUGUACAUUAAUCCAACCUAAAAGUUCUGCUGUGUUCUUAUUAGGAGAAAAUUUAAUAAUUUCAUAUAAAGAAAAAAUAAUAGGAUUCAACAUAAUUAAUAUUUCGAUUAUUAAUAACUUAAUAUUCUCGAAUUAAUUUUCAAAAGGUCUAUAUAUGUAGAUAUAACAAGAGAAUACUCCUGAUAAACAAGCUGCAAUUAUACUUUAAAAAGCUACAAGACCUUAGAAUACAACUAAAUUGAUAAUGAAAAGGACCUUUUUAAGUAACUGUAUAGUAAAGUACUAUUUAGAUGGUUGAUUUCCUUUAUAAUUGAUUCCCUCCACUAAUGCUUUUAAGUUUUUUCCAACUUUGGACCUUUUUUGAAGAUAGAUAAAUGUGAAAAAUGA